AUGAAUCAAGACAGAAAUCACUUCAAGUCAUCUGCGAAAAACAUUUAUUCCGACAUACUACAAGAUGCAAUAAUUAGUGAAGAUGAUAAUGAAGAUAACAAUGACAGUGAUGAUGACGACGACGAUGAGAACGACGGUAUUAGAAAUGAAAAUGCAUCAUCUGAUGAUAAUACAUUUGACACUUCAUCAGUUACACAAUGUGAUGAUGCUGAAAGACUUCAACAGUUAAAUUUCAAAGAAGCUACCUCAGAUAUUACUUCUUCUCUUGCAUUUCUAAGCCGACGUAUUACACGAAAAUAUGCCAGUGAAUUUAUUUUACCAGAUAAUACACGUAUUGCUGUCAGUCGUAUUGAAGGUAUAUAUCCUAUGGAUAAUAACGAGCAAGUUACAUUAAGCUUGUCAGUUGGACAUAAAUACAUAUACAUUGGUCAACAAUCAAUGGAUAUUAAUCAAUCUUCACCAUCAACAAAGCAUACUAAUGUAAUGAAUUCUGUCAAUGAAGCAACUUCUUCAAGUAGUUUGGAGAAAUUAAACAGUUCUAAUCAACAGAGUAUUAUGCAUAACACGCGUUUAAAUCAUACUAUAGAAGAAACAAAUAUUGAUGAAGCUCCAAGUGAUUUGGAUUCAGUGCAUCGUGAUUCUAACGCUUCAGAAACAUCACUAUCAUAUGUUACUCGUGGAUUACAAAUUAUUGACUAUUUGGAAGAUGAUUUAUGGGCAGCCACAAUUUUACAAUGUGACAAUAGUUCAAAUGCUGGUCUACUACGACAACUUGAAGCUGGAUGUCGAUUAGAACCUGAGUUAUAUAGAAUGGAACGUGUACAAACUGUGAAAAAUCGUGAAACUGUAAUUGAUUUUCCUAGUAAACCAACAGUGAGAACAAUAGGCUUAAGUCGAAAUGCUAGUGAUACAGAUUCAAUCAAUACAACACUUACUGGAGUUGACCUUGCUGAUGAAACAUGA